CUUUCUUGUAGGUGAGAGAGAAAGAGAGAAACACAAGACUCAUUUGAAAAUGGGGGAGGAAGUUGAGGAAGUGAACCACCAAACACACCUCUCGACGAGAAACAAAGGUGGCCUAAUCACAAUGCCAUUUAUUAUAGCAAAUGAGGCAUUUGAGAAGAUGGGAAGCUAUGGAUUGGUGCCAAAUAUGAUAGUGUAUUUGAUGAAUGAUUACAAGAUUGGUGUGGCAAAAGGCACAAACAUAAUCUUUUUUUGGUCAGCAGCUUCCAAUUUUGCACCAAUUUUCGGAGCAUUCCUUUCGGAUUCAUAUUUGGGUCACUUCAUCACCAUUGGCUUGGGGUCUCUCUUUUCACUUAUGGGAAUGUUCAUGAUAUGGUUAACAACAAUGGUCCCACAACUAAAGCCACCCCCUUGCAACCAAUUCCUUGAAACUUGCAAAUCACCUACACACUCUCAAUUUGCUUUCUUGAUAUUUGCCUUCAUAUUCAUCUCUAUUGGAAGUGGGGGUGUUAGACCAUGUUCAUUAGCAUUUGGUGCACAACAAAUAAACCAUAAAAACAAUCCAAACAAUAAGAGGGCAAUCGAAAGCUUUUUUGGGUGGUAUUAUGCCACUAGUGCGGUGGCGGUCCUCAUUGCAUUUACAAGCAUUGUUUAUAUUCAAGAUCAUGCCGGAUGGAAGAUCGGAUUUGGGGUUCCGGCACUUCUCAUGGUUUUAUCGGUCCUCUUGUUCUUUGUAGCUUCUUCUCUUUAUGUCAAGUUGGAAGUUGAAAAGAGCUUGUUUACAAGCUUUGUGCAAGUUAUAGUUGUUGUUUAUAAGAACCGUGGAAUAGUCGUUGGACCUGCAAACAAGUUUUAUUAUCAUCAGAAUGAUUCAGAUAGCACGCCUACCGAAAGACUCAGAUUCUUAAAUAAAGCUUGCAUAAUUCGGAACCCAAAAGACGUAAAACCAGACGGCAUUGCUUCAAAUCCAUGGCGUCUAUGCACAGUGAAACAAGUUGAAGAACUAAAAUCACUAAUCCGAGUUCUACCAUUAUGGUCAUCCGGUCUCAUGAUGUCAAUAAACGUAAGCCAAUCAUCAUUCCCAGUACUCCAAGCAAACACCAUGGAUCGACAUCUAAGCACUUCAACCUUCCAAAUCCCCGCAGGCUCAUUCCCUUUCUUCACCAUGGCCACAAUCGCAAUCUGGGUCGUUCUAUACGAUCGCAUCAUUAUCCCCAUCACAUCAAGGAUCCUACAAAAACCUGUUCAUAUCAACGUUAAAUUAAGAAUGGGCAUCGGCCUUAUAGUUUCUACAUUGGCCAUGGUAGUUUCUGCCAUUGUUGAACAUCUUCGAAGAAGAAAAGCAAUCGAAGAAGGGAUUGUAAACGAUCCUCGAGCAGUGGUAAACAUGUCGGCGAUGUGGCUCGUUCCGCAGUAUUGUCUGCAUGGGUUAGCGGAGGCGUUGAGUGCGAUCGCUCAAAACGAGUUUUUUUACUCAGAGUUGCCGGAAAGCAUGUCGAGUGUUGCAGGUUCGCUUUUUCUAGUUGGCAUGGGUGUGGCUAACUUGUUGGCUAGUGUUAUACUGAGCACUGUUGAGAAACUGACAAAAGGAAAUGUGGAAGAAGGGUGGAUUGCCACGAAUAUUAACAGGGGACACUAUGAUUAUUACUAUUGGGUUCUUGUGAUACUGAGUUUUGUGAACUUGUUCUAUUUUGUUGGGUGUAGUUGGGCUUAUGGUCCUUGUGUAGAUGAAAGGGUGAAAGAGGAGCCAACGCAGGGGGCUGAUGAAAAUUUAGAGCGAGACGGUUAGUGUGCUUGUAAUUCGAGU